AUUGACAACUGAUAACCUUAAAAUAUCUUUUGUUUGUGCAUAGAAAAAGGGUAGAAUUGUUAACCGGUUUAAUUUUAGUUUCCCAUUAUUUUAUCAAUCCACUAUGAAGGAUGUUAUAGAUGUGAUGGCACUUCAAAAUAAUAGACGUGAGAAAAGGCUACCAGAUUAUAGAAGUGCCCCGGGACAUAGUUUGGCUACUAAUUUCAUAUUUGAAUGUGGAAUAAAGCUUGGCUUGCAACCGGCUACCAUCGCUACUGCAGCGAUAUUUUACCAUAAAUUUUUCAGAGAAGCUGAUAAAAACGAUUACGAUUGUUACGUAGUUUGUACUGCCUGUCUUUGUGUGGCUGGGAAGUCAAGAGAUGAACCAGUAAGACCAAGAGAUGCGGUGAAUGUAGCUCAUAACUCAAUCAAUCGUGGUGCCGGACCCUUGGAAUUAGGAGAAGAGUAUUGGUCCUGGCGAGGUGCUGUAGCGCAAGCAGAGCUUUUAGUCCUGCGGUUACUUGGUUUCAGCUUGGAUACACCCUCUCCACACAAGUAUCUCUUACAUUAUUUGAGAUCUAUUCAAGAAUGGUUUCCACAAGAUCAAUGGCGAUCAGCUCCAGUUGCCAGAACUGCAAUGGCAUUUCUACAAGACUUUCAUCAUUCGCCAGCAAUAUUGGACUAUAGAGCCCCACACUUAGCAGUUGCUUGCUUGACACUGGCACUGCAUGUGUUGGGUGUAUCUGUGCCAUUAGCAUCUACCCUAGAGGAUGAUUCAGCUUGGUAUUCAGUUUUCACCAAAGAUUUGCAAAAAGAAAAAAAUUGGGAGAUUAUGGAGAAAAUUAUGCAAGUGUACAACAGAGAACCUGAACCAAUAUAACUAGUUACAUAAGCUCUACAAUUUAAGAAGCAAUAUAUGAAUGGACGGCAAGUUUUGACAUACUGUUGGCAGUUCAGACUGUGUUCAAUAUUAACAAUAAUGGAGCUUGUAUAAUGUUAAUACUAAAAUUUGCAAGACUCCAGAGUAUAUAUUAUAUUAGAAAAUAAAUAUAUAAAAUAAGUAUUAUAAUGUGAAGAAACAAUGUGCACGAAAAUAUGACAGGAAAUAAUAAUUAUUAUAAUAAAAUACUUUUGAUGAAUGACAUCAAUAAAAAAAUAUUGAAGAAAAUUCUUACAGAGUUAAUUAAUGAAAAAAUAUUUUUUGAAUAGUUAACUAGCUAAAGCUAUUCAUGAUAAACAAUAGAAUAUUUACAAAUUGUAUGUGUUUUUCAUAUCUUCAUGCAUCUUAUACAGUUCUAACAAUUAAAGGAUUAUGACAACAAUAUUGAACACAAUAUGAUUGGUUAAGAAAUCAAGCAUUGAUAACAUAUUAAUUAAUUCAUUGUAUGUACAUAAUUACUUAUGAACUUAACUUGAAUUCAUAAUAUUAUGUUGUCUGUAUAAUAAAAGAAUAAUGUUCAAAUCAAAUUAAAAGCUGUGGUUCAUGGAUAAUACUUAUUAUAAUACUUUUUAAUAUAAUUGUUGUACAGGUUUAUUGUAUUGUGGCUGAUGAUCCAUUAUUAUAUUGUUUCUUGAUUGAUGUAGGUUAUACUUAGCUUUAAGAAAUGGUGUGAUUUGAAUAAAUGACUUUAAUUUCAUUA